AACACCGUGAAAACACUGGAGGAAUAUAGCUGGAACUAUUUGCAAGAUCAGCAUUAUCGUGCCUUUGCGUCGUUGGUCAAUGGAAGGAUAGGGAAGCAUCACCGAAAAAGAUCCGCUCAGAGCAUAAGCAAAAACUUGUAUCCAAACAUCGGCAGCAGAAACAAAGAACUCUCAAUUACGUGGCAUAAUUGUGUGCAAACUCCGUAACUAAGCUCACUGUCAAAGAAUUCAUACAAACUGAACAAAAAUUAUUUGCACAGCCAAAGUCAUGGACAAGAAAAUACCAUAGAGUAUAGUGGUACGUUACAAAACGGUUUAUGAAAGACAAUACACAGAAAGACGGCGAAAUCCGUUAAUGACAGGACAUCUCAUGAACUUUUUGGCAAGUCUAGGCAGUGCUUGAAACAAACCGUUGUCGUUCGUCGACUUUGCUUAAACUUUCAGAACAACGGUAAUCCUGCGUCCUUACUUUGCGACGGAUCCAAAAUUGCCACUUCUCACCCAGGUCGAUUCCGGGAAAGCGCUCAAGUUCAGAGUUGUUCAAUUUGCAAUUUGAAGCCAACUCAGUCGUGGCCAAAGACUCAGGGACCAUGUUAUACGUGGACGAGUUCGGGUAUGAACGGCAGUGCUCGUUUCUCGACGAUCUGGCUUCGUCGCCUGACGUCUGCGUGCGGAAACUGUCGGAAAAUCAAGAGAAUAAAAUAAAUGCCACGGAAAACACCGAACAAAUUGUUCCGGGAGGAACCGAUAAUCUAUCGGAAUUGGAGUCAUCAUUGUAUCCGCUAGCUGACGCGAACAUUAUUGGAACAACUAAAAUGACAAUGAAAAAUAUCUCAUCCCCUAUGAGGAUGGAAACUUCAUACAAAAAUAGCGCGCCCAUUCAAUCACGUGACAGUACCCCCUCGCCAGUGUACAGUGACGUAUCAAGCGACGAUAACCGGAACCAGAAUUCGGAAAUUCUGGACGACAUAAUGGAGUGCAUUCAGACGGUAGACCCCGCCGUCACUUCCGGUACUGCGUGCAAGUCGGCGAAAAAAACGCGCGAAUAUGAGAAACUUAUGAGAGAGGCGGCACAGCUUUUAUCAGGGAGCGGCCAAAUUCAGCUGUGGCAGUUCAUUUUGGAGCUGCUUACCACCGACCUUGGUACCGGAUGUGCCCACUGGGAGGGGCCCCUGGGCGAGUUCCGGAUCACAGACCCCGACGAGGUGGCGCGACAGUGGGGCAUCAGAAAGAACAAGUCCAAAAUGAACUACGACAAACUCAGUCGAGCGUUGCGAUACUAUUACGAUAAAAACAUUUUAACGAAGGUGCAAGGAAAGCGAUAUACGUACCGAUUUGACUUUGGAGCAAUCGUUCAAUCAAAUCGCUCCCUUACUAGUCUUGCAAGAAACCCCGUGAUUUCAAAAAUUGACGCCAUUCAGCACCCACCAUGUUCAACCGUUAAAUUUGCUCAAAAGCCGAAAUCGCGACUCACAGACAGUGUGCAAAACAGUUGCAGUAGGCAACAGUAUAAUUCCAAACCUCAGAUGUCUCCCGGCGUUUUACAGACUAACAAAAUCUUUUCAUACGAAUCGCAAUACGACUGUUCACACGUGGAAAACAUGUUUGCACCGAUCGAGCCGCCAUAUUGGUACGAAAAUGAGACAGCACUUGACCGGAUGACGUCGUGGUAUCCGACCCAUGACCAUUACAAUAACUACUUCGUCGAAAUGUCGGAAACCAGACAAAUGUACUCAUUUAUGUAAUGUUGUAGUAAUGAUAAACACUUUUCUUUAAAUUUCUUUGGGAUACGCGCCAGUAAUUGAGGGUGCUGUAAAAAGCAUAAAAAAACAACGACGAUCAAAAUACGAGUUGUUUAUAAUGCAGAUACAUUUAAACUAUUUCGUUUUUCGUUCAUUGUAUCUGUCAUAAUGUACGUUCUUGCUUAUCUCUAUGAAGACGUUGUUAACAAGUUUGUAUCGAACAUCAAGAGCAUUUUUUUUAUAAAUAUAUCACUACAUGAACAUGCAAAAAGAAUUUUAAUUAGUCAUGUAUAACGAUGGUGAAUUUGUUUGUUUUUUAUUCACAUAGUUCUUGUUCGCGUUUGGUAAAGUUAUGGUAUAUUUGCGGUUGAUAACACUGAAUUAAAACAAUUGUUCGAAAAUGUUCGGGACAGCUCACUUAAAAAUAUUAAUACUUACUUAUUUGCAAAUGUUUUAUGAUUUUUAACACACAUGUUUUCAUCGAUUUAUAUUUUGUAUAUUAUUAUUUACUUUGUGAUAUGUAAAAUAAUAAAUUGAUAACAUGA